UAUGUUUCCCUUGUAAUGUGAAUAUCUGUAGAUUACUCGUAUCAAAUAUCGCGGAUUGAAUCUCAUCGCACUUGUUGAGUCUCAUGCUUUUUGUUUUUUAAUUGUUUUGAUGAAAAUUAAUUUAUUUUUCUUGUUUUGUGUUAUGAUUGUUGUUUGGUGAUUAUUUUGGCUGCAAUGAGCUCUUGAUUGUGCUAUUGGCUUGGUCUGACACAUAAAAGUGUUAUGCAUGCUAUUUUUUUUCCCGUCCACUCUUGUGUAUGUAGAGGUUAGAAGAGUGGUUUAAUGUUAAUGGAUGGUAUGGUUAUAUUACUGGAGUUAAUACUCUUAUGUAGCGAGGAAAAGUUUGGUUGAGAGGAGUUGGGGCUAUUCGUGUUAGUUGGAUAAGGGGUAUCGAUGACAGGAUCUUUUCUCCUACAGUGUACUGACUGAUUUCGAUGAGAAAGCUUCGAAGGCUUCAUAUUGCUGUUCCUUAGAGACUAUCCACCAUACAACUUCUUUGUUGGUAUGCACAUUGCUUAGUUUCCUUGAUUGUUUCUUUGUAAUAGACAUAUACAAAUUUAUUGUUGCUCAAAACUGGCCUCAGAGAUUUGAAAUUGCACCACAAGGCAUAGUUCCAGGUUGUCAUGCUAAACAGCCUGGUUAUGUCAUGUUCAUUUAGUAGGCUAAUACCUGGUAGUCAUAAAGAUACUUCUCCUUUAAUGCGCUCUCGAUACUUGAAUUGCGGCAGCAGAUCAUUAACAACUGAGUCGUCAUUGCUUUUACAUUCCCAAGGUAUCACAAUCUCUUCAAUUACAGUAUCUCUCCUCUCCCUCCCUCCCUGUGAUUUUUUUUUUUUGUCGUUAUUUGCGCAUUGAGUUGUUAGCUGUUGGGAUAUGCAAAAAUAGUGGACUACUAAAUUUUGUUUUUAUUUCGAUUGCAUUGGAGUUGAUGAGAUAUUUGAAGUCUCAUUUGUCGUAUUUCACUUACAAUCAAUUCAUGGGGUAGUUUGACAUGGCUACUAUUUCAACUGGAUGCAUAAGGCAUUCCUCGUUAUCCCUCUCCAUAUGCGCCAAUGGUAAGGCCAGCAUUUCCUGCACGUCCCCCAGGUGCAAUUGGCAUUGUCCCGCCACUUUCACGGCCUCCAGUUCCUGGGAUUCGGGGUCCUAUUAUUCCCCCUGUUGUGAGGCCAGUUACUAUUCCCAGUGUCGCGCCAACAGAGAAACCCCAAACUACAGUGUAUGUUGGCAAGAUAGCCCCAACAGUAGAAAAUGAUUUCAUUCUUUCUCUUCUUCAACUUUGUGGACCUGUUAAGAACUGGAAACGUGUUCAAGAUCCCACAAAUGGAACUCCAAAAAGUUUUGGAUUUUGUGAAUUUGAGUCUGCUGAGGGAGUUCUCCGUGCUUUUAGGCUGCUGACUAAAUUAAAUGUUGAUGGACAAGAGCUGUUGAUAAAUGUUACCCAAGCAACAAAAGAGCAUCUAAAGCGCUAUGUUGAAAAGAAAGCUGAAAGCUCAAAAAAAGUCAGAGAGACUGAAACUGAAGGGACUGAGAAAGGGGAUGAAAGUUUACGAAGUGCUGAGAAGAGUGAGGCUUCUAAGCCUUCUGCUGAGGGAUCAAAGAAAGAUGAUAAUGAUUUGGGGAAUGGAGAAAAAAAUGACACUGCCUGCUUUAGCAUUGUGACUGACGAAGAUAGGGAAGCUGACCGAGAGGUGUCAGAGAAGCUUACAAGCAUGAUAGAAGAGAGGUUAAAGAACAAACCUCUCCCACCACCACCCCCGCCCCCACAACCAGCUGCUGAUCCUUCAGGCAACUCGAACUCAGAGCAGCCGGCAAGAUCCAAAGAUGGAGACUCAGAUGUGGAUAUAAUGAGAAAUGACGGAGCAGAGGAUAAACAUGACGACGAGAUGACAAGUGAAAGCAAGCAUACAAGUGAGCAUGACAAACCUGAGACAAGCUCACCUGACAGGAGUAGACGAAGUGAUAGGAGGAGCAGAGAUAAGGAACGAGACCUGAAACGGGAGAAAGAAAGGGAACUUGAGAGAUAUGAAAGAGAAAGGGAACAGGAACGAGCUAGGAGAGAGAGGGAGAGAGAAUAUAAGAGCAAGGAAGAUGAGCGUAGGUACAGGGCUCGUGUGAAAGAGUGGGAAUCUAGGGAGAGAGAGAAAGAGUAUUUGCGGAAGCUGGAGAAAGAGAAGGAGAAAGAAAGGGAAUACAAGAGGAAGCGAGAAGUUGCAGAACAUGAGCAUGAAAGUGAUGAUGGUGAUUCCAAAAGGAGGAAACACAAAAGUAGUGGGUCUGAGGAGAGAAAAAGAAGGUUACGGGAAAAGGAGGAUGACUUGGCUGACAGACUUAAAGAAGAGGAGGAAGCUGCUGAGGCAAAGAGAAGAGCUGAUGAGGAACUACAGCAGCAGAAACGGCGUGAGAAAGAUGAACGAGAACUUUUUGCUGGUAAUAUAGCUAAUGGAAGUGACAAGGCUGUGUCAUUUGAUGAAACUAAUCUGGUGAUCAAAGAUAGCACUGUUGAACAGACUCAUGACAAUGAAUCCGGUCAUGGGAGCUAUGUUGGUGGUGGGAUUGUACAAAAUGGCAAUGGUGAUGAAUCUGUUGUGGGAAAAAUUGCUUCCUCAGACAUGCGGCAAAACGUUAAUGUCCAGGCUAAAAAGUUGGGAUUUGGUCUUGUAGGCUCAGGAAAAAGAACUUCUGUUCCCUCUGUUUUUAAUGAAGAGGAAGACGAAGAUGCACAAAAAGAGAAAAAAAUGAGGCCUCUUGUUCCCAUUGACUAUUCAACUGAGGAACUGCAGGCUGUUCAAUCUGGUCUUUCUGGUGCACUAUCUCCAAAUUUGGCUGCUGCAGCAGAAUUUGCAAAACGUAUCUCAAGCGUCACUCCCAAAGAAGACAGGCCUGAUGUGGAAAAGGAAAGAAGCAGGCAGUCUCAUGAUAGGUCUAGCCAGCGGGAUCGAGACCGGAAUGAUGACGAGACUAAUCGUACGAGAGAUGAUAGUAGAAAGGAGACUUUUGAACGUGACAGGGAUCGGGAGCAAGGAUUGGUCAAAGCGAAAACCCCAGAUAAUAAGAAGCUUUUGGAUGCAAAACAGUUGAUUGAUAUGAUACCGAAGACCAAGGAUGAGUUGUUUUCAUAUGAAAUUAACUGGGCUGUCUAUGAUAAGAACGAGCUUCAUGAUAGAAUGAGACCUUGGAUCUCUAAGAAGAUAACAGAAUUUUUGGGAGAGGAAGAGGCUACACUUGUGGAUUACAUUGUGUGCAGCACACAGGAACAUGUGAAGGCAUAUGAAAUGCUGGAGAGGCUUCAGUCUAUCUUGGACGACGAAGCUGAAAUGUUUGUGCUGAAGAUGUGGAGGAUGCUUAUAUUUGAGAUUAAGAAGAUAGAGACAGGACUCGCUUUGAGAUCCAAAACCUGAUGGAACUCAGGUAGAUAAGCUCCCUUGUAACUCCAGAAUUGUUUUUUGGCCUCUUGAUAAUUUCUUGCCUACCGCCUUACAUUGUAGAAGAAAGCAGAAUUUCUCAUAAUGCUUAUUAUUUUUUUUUUUUUAUAAUUUUUUGGCGUUUUUUCGCCAUAGCUUGUAAUGCUUAAAUCAUCCAAACUAGUCAGGUCACCGGUUAAAAUCCAUUGAGUUGCCCAUUUGAUAUGCA